AUGUGGUUACUUUUCGGCUGGACUGGGCUUAGUCUUUCUCUUUUUCGUCCAUUCGGCACUCUCCACAACGCCCUCGAAAACACCACCUACAACCUGUUGGAGAAUAACGAGGAGGAUAAACAAUUGCUCGAGCAGGCAGUUGCCAGUCCCGAUAUCAAAGGAAUUGUUGGGUCCGGUGAAAGGCUAGCUAAGCUGGAGAAUAUUCUCCACAACUGGACAGUCCAGAUCCAGCUGGUGCUCAACGAGGCCGAGCAAAUUCGUCGGGAGGCGGAUGAUGUGGGGCCUGCUGCAGAACUAGCCUACUGGCGAAUGCGGAUGGCGAAAUUUAAUAGACUUCUAGAGCAGUUGGUGAGCCCUGAAGUUCGUACGGUGACGGUCGCCUUGAGCUUCGCCAAGUCUCGUGGCAUGAAGCUCUGGAGUGAACUUAACAACAAGAUAACCGAUGCAGCCAACGAGGCAAAAACAAAUGUUCGUUUUCUCACAAAUCUGGACAAAUUCCUUGGUCCUUUGGCGAAAAAUGGUCCAAUCCAGCUGACAGAACAAAUUCCCGGUCUACUCAAUGCUAUCCGUAUGAUCUAUGAAAUUUCACAUUACUAUAACACCCCCGAGCGAAUGACCUCGCUGAUGGUGAAGGUUACCAACCAAAUGAUCACAUCUUGUCGCAAAUACAUAUACCAAGGUGUCAGCCGAAUCUGGGAUCUGCCAAGGUAA